CAUGGUUAACGCUCGUGUAUCCUUCUCCUGACAGUGUUUAUGUGUUACUAAUCUGGUAAAUGCCCAGAAAUCUGCAAGAUGUCGAUGGAUGUGACGUUCCUCGGGACCGGCUCCGCGUACCCGUCUCCUCACCGCGGCGCGUCCGCUCUCGUGUUGAGGACUGAAGGGGAAAACUGGCUCUUCGACUGCGGGGAGGGAACGCAGAUCCAGCUGAUGAAGAGCACACUCAGAGCCGGUAAAAUCAGCAAGGUGUUCAUCUCGCACCUUCAUGGAGACCAUCUGUUUGGUCUUCCCGGUUUGCUGUGCACCAUCAGUCUGAAUUUGAACCCUCAGCCAGAUCAGCCUCCGCCCUGUGUGGACAUUUACGGCCCGCGAGGACUGAGACUCUUCAUCCGUGUGGCGUUGCAGUUGUCUGGCUCGCAGUUGCUUUUUCCGUAUGCUGUGCAUGAACUGCAGCCGUCCGAUGAGCAGUGUCCUGAAGAGGGGCAUCUCAGUCCUGCUCUGACCACCGCCAGUGAAACCCUUCACCCGCAGGAGCGUCCUGGCAGAACUGUACAUCCAGACCCCGACACGGACUGUUACCACCUCAUUGAUGACAAACAGUUUGUGGUUAAAGCGUUCAAGCUCUUCCACAGAGUCCCCUCAUUCGGCUUCUCGGUGGAGGAGAGAGAACGUCCGGGACGGCUGAACACAGACCUGCUGAAAGAACUAGGUUUGAAACCAGGCCCUCUAUACGGGCGUCUGAAGAACGGACAGUCGGUGACUCUAGAUAGUGGCCGUGUGUUGACAGCUGGUGAGGUGCUGGAGCCGCCGCUGAAGGGCCGGAAGGUGUGUGUUUUCGGGGACUGCAGUGCUCCACUGGGCGAGGGAUUUAAACGGGCGUGUUACGGUGCUGAUGUUCUGGUGCAUGAGGCCACGCUGGAGAACGGGCAGCAGGAGAAGGCUGUUGAACAUGGACACAGCACUCCUGGCAUGGCUGCGGCGGUGGCGCUCACAUGUGAGGCGAAAACACUGGUGCUCCACCACUUCAGUCAACGAUACAAACCUGAAAAUCUCCGGCGAGAUGAUGAUGAAGACGAUGUUUCAGAGCUGAAGAGACAAGCUGAGCUGGUGCUGCAGGGUUCCAGGACGGACGUCAUUCUGGCUGAAGACUUUCUCACUCUGCCUGUGGCGCUCAAGAGGAAUUCGACAACGUAGUACCUGUCAGAUUUAGCCCAUGUGGAAAUACGUUUUCUAGUUAUUAAAUUUUAAUAUGAGAAAAUGUUUUAAUAAAGUCAUUUUGUACCACA